UAUAGAUAUUUAGACUUGAAGUGUCAUUUAUACUGACAGGUUUUGUAAAAGAACUUGAAUUACACACAGUAGCCAGUAUGUCCAUGUUUAUUUCCUGUUGCAGUAUUAACUGAUUCUAAUAUCGCUGACAGGAAGGAAAUAUUCAAGAUUUUCCCCGGCUACAGAAAACAGCUGUAGGCUAAAAGCUAGCCUAUAGUGUAAAUAGCAGCUAACCAUAACACCAUCCUGUUGCUGAAACCACAAAUGUGAAAUCUCAAUUUGGUUUCUAGUAAUGAUGCCACACUGGACUGGAAAUGUCUAUUUUAAAAAUAAUUUAGAAUCUGAAAUGAUGACUUAUUUCCUGAGCUUGGGGUGUAGGUGUAAUGUAAGAUGACUGCAGGGUCAUGGCUUGAUUACAUUCUGACCUAAUGAUCAUGAUCAGAGUUUAUUGCAACACAGCUCUGAUGGGAGGAGGUCUGUUAUUAACACACUCAAUACAAAACACGAGCUUCAGUUUUGCAUUUUAGUUAAUAUUAACCCACUGAUGUAUGCUCAUUUCUCAGUGUAGAAUGAGUGGCAGUGUGUCACAUAGGGCUUGAUUGUGGCUCACUGUUUCCGGUUGAUCCUGCCUAAUCUUUGAACUCGCAAGUUAUGUAUUGGUUGUUUUGAUGAAAGGCAUCGUAAGGCAAACAACAGCAACAAGGAGCUUUUUUUUUUCUUUAAAGCCUGGACAAUUUUGACAACAUUGACUAUUUAGGUGUCAGAAACGCACAUCAUGCAUACUGACUUCACUGAUUCGUCACCGUUGUCACUGAUCCGCAAUGGAGUCAGUGGUGCAGAGUGAGCUCAUUCUCGCAGUUUACAUCAUCUCUUUCCUGUUAGGCCUGCCAGCCAACCUGCUGGCUUUCUAUGCCUUCUGUGUCAAGAUCCAUUCCAAUCCCCUUCCAACAGAUAUCCUGCUACUCAAUCUGACAGUCUCUGACCUGAUCUUCUUGAUCAUCCUUCCUCUAAAGAUGUAUGAGGCAGCGUCAGGCAUGAAAUGGAAUUUGCCCGAGUUCCUGUGCUCCAUCACCGCCUUCACCUUCUUCUCCACGAUCUACACCAGCUCCUUGCUGCUGAUGGCAGUGAGUGUGGUUCGCUACAUUGCAGUAGCUUUCCCGAUCACGUAUCAUACGCUGUGCAGACCAGUGUACGCGAUAGUUAUCAGUGUUGUUAUUUGGCUAAUCUCAGCCGCACACUGCAGCAUUACUUUCAUUAUCCAGCACCAUCCAUCCCUGUCCAGAAAUGACACCACUUACUGCUAUGAGAACUUCACAGAGACGCAGUUGAAGGUUCUGCUCCCAGUACGUUUGGAGUUUUUCUUUGUGCUCUGUCUUAUUCCACUACUAAUUUGUAUUUACUGCUACUCACGCUGCAUCUUAAUCCUGUACAGCCGUGCCAGGAUAACUCAAAUGCAGAAGCAGAAGGCCAUCGGCAUGGCCUCGGGGACUUUAGCUGUGUUUCUCAUUUGUGUGCUGCCAUAUAACAUUUCUCAUUUACUGGGUUACUUCCAGGGUAAAAGCCCACAAUGGAGGUACUACACCUUGCUGCUUAGCACCUUCAACACCUGUAUUGAUCCCAUCAUCUUCUACUUUUCCUCCUCCUCUUUCCACUGCACUAGUCAAAAGUCAAUUUUCAGGAAGCGUGGACACAAUGUUUCAGAUGCACAAAAGCAGACCACAAGCUCUAGCUAAGAGCAAUAUACACGCUGACUUUAAUACAAUAUGUACAUAUCCAGCUUCAACAUUAUUAUUGUACUUUAUAUUAAGGACAUCAGAAUGUGUAAUGCAGAACAAGCGGCUUUGACAGUCCAGUUCAUUUAUAAAAAAUUGUCUCUCAUCCAGGUUUUGCUGUCUACUGGUUAACAAAAUAUCUUGUUAGAGGUGAUCUAUUCCUGCUCAAAGGGACUGAGCUGCUUCAAUCUCAAACCAUUGUAGAUCAUUUUAUGACAAAACCACAAUACAUGUUUGGUGCAAAUGCAAGAUUCCAAAUUUUAUUAUUUUACAGUAAAUUAUCUUGUUUUGAAUGGGAAUUGAUAUCCUUUGCACCCUUGACACAUUAUUUCCUGUUUACUUUAACGCGGGCCAGUCACUCUUCUGCACUCAUGCAUUCUGUAGGCACACAUGUAGAAUAUACCUGCAAAACAAAACAUAGGUUAGCUGUAAAGGCCUUUUCUAUAGUACACAAACAUAUCAAGUAAGAUAAUGGCACAAUAACAAAAUUGCUUUUGAGUGUAAAUCUUAUUGAUGUUUUAGUUUGAAAAUAUGUAUUGGGCAUUUUCAUGAGCAUGUGCAAAGCUGAAGAGACUGUAAUAACUCACAAUACACAUCAGAAACUUUAGUAAAUACUGUAAAUAAACUGUCAUAAAAAUGAAAGUGUUUGUGUGACAGCA